UCCGGAUCAAACGGAGGUACUUUGUCUUCCCACCUGCUAAACGGAUCUUUGUUCCCUCCCAAGCUUUUGGAAUGUACGCGCUUCUUUCACUCCGCGUCGAGCUGCGUGCGAUGGACAAUUAAAGUUUAAUUCACUCCUUCACUGAACAGAGUUUGAACAGAUUGAUUUGGUUGAUUUCCAGUGACUCCGUUCCGACCAAAGUUUUCCGUCCUCCAAUCCAAAGAUUGUGUCGGAUCAGAGAGGAGACGAUGAGAGCGCGGUGAAGUGGAUAUGGUCCAUCGGCGCGCUUCUUCGCGUCUUUCUUGCUAUUUGAAGCGUCCAAAAGUCCGACAGGUUCGCGCAGUUCGCGCGUGGUUUUAGCGGCCGGACUCGAGUGGAAGAGUUGGGAUUCUCACUGUUGGAUCUACAGAAUGCAUCUUCAUUUGAGCCCGUGCGAUGUGCAGCCCGAGGGAAAGUGGAUCUGUCUGACCAGUUCACUUGAGAUUUUAUUCUAAACCCCGAAUCACUUCUUUAACCCGUAUAUUCUAAAUCUACUAAAGCGCAAUGAUUUUACCAACUUGUGUCAUUAUAUUGUCCUUCCUGGAUUCGGUGUUCACCUUGAAGGGGGACAGUGGCUCAGCCUCACGGCCAGUUCAGCUGGACUGCGUAAAGGCCAGUGAGCAAUGUCUGAAGGAGUACUCCUGCAGCCCCAAAUACCGGACGAUGAGGCAGUGUGUGGCAGGGAGGGAGAGCAACUUCAGCGCGGUCACCGGACUCGAGGCGCAGGGCGAGUGCCGCAGCGCCAUAGAAGCCAUGAAGCAGAGCCCCCUUUACAACUGCAGGUGUAGGAGAGGCAUGAAGAAAGAGAAGAACUGCCUUCGCAUCUUUUGGAGCAUAUAUCAGAGUUUACAGGGUAACGAUCUGCUGGAAUACUCUCCGUAUGAACCGGUGAAUAGCCGACUGUCGGAUAUCUUCCGCCUGGCUCCCAUUAUAGCCGCUGAGCCUGCUUCCACAAAGGAGAACAACUGUCUGAACGCCGCCAAGGCCUGCAACCUGAAUGACACCUGUAAGAAAUAUCGCUCGGCUUACAUCAACCCCUGCACUAGCAGGGUGUCCGCUUCCGAGGUCUGCAACAAGCGCAAGUGCCACAAGGCUCUGAGACAGUUCUUUGACAAGGUUCCCACUAAAUACAGCUAUGGGAUGCUGUUCUGCUCGUGUCCAGCGGGGGAUCAGGCGGCAUGUGCAGAACGCAGGCGACAAACCAUCGUGCCCGUCUGCUCCUACGAGGACAAGGACAAAGCCAACUGUCUGUCUCUGCAGAACUCAUGCAAGACUAAUUACAUCUGCAGGUCAAGGCUGGCAGACUUCAUCAGUAACUGUCAGCCAGAAGCUCACUCCAUAUCUGGCUGUCUCAGAGAGAACUACGCCGACUGUCUGCUGUCUUACUCUGGUCUUAUUGGUACGGUGAUGACACCCAAUUACGUGCGAUCUUUUGGCAUCAGCCUGUCGCCCUGGUGCGACUGCAGCAGCAGCGGGAACAGCAAACCGGACUGUGAGAAAUUCGCAGAGUUUUUCACCAACAAUCGAUGCCUGCGUAACGCCAUCCAAGCGUUCGGGAAUGGCACCGACGUCGGCGUCUGGCAACCGCAGCCCCCGAUUCAGCCCACGGCCGAGCCCAGCAACACCCGAAGGGGCAAAGAGCGAACCAGCAACGCUCUGGACACGCUGACGGACAUCAGCGACUCCUUUUAUCACGUCUGCGGGACUUUACAGGCACAAAAACUGGUGUCAAAUCAAAGUGUGGACACGGCUCUGUGUGAGAACCAACAGCUGGACCAGUUCAGUGGCUCCAACGCUAUUGCGCGAAGCUCUCCGGCCGAGCUCAUCCGCUUACACCUUUCGACCCUGCUCCUCGCGCUCGCCUUCGCUUUCGCAUCGACGGCAUCGGCACACGUGGAAGGCUUCUCCUCCUCCUCCUCCUCCUCCUCCUCCUCCUCCUCCUCCUCCCAGCCGCUGUAGGAUCCGAGGACGGUGGAGCCGGCGUGUUCUUAUCUCAGCGACUGAUGAUUAGAGCCGUUUUUUUAAUUUAGACGUUUGCCAAAGUGUUACACCUAGAUUUUUCUUUUUUUUUUUUUCCUUCUUUUCAAGAGGAAAGACACGGAGGGAAGAGCGGCGAAAUCAACAGCGGAUUAUAUCAGACUACGUGUUGACUGUUGCCGUGCAGAAAAUCCAUUGCUGAGAUAUCAACUCAUUCCCCUUCCAUUCCACAUGGGGGCAAUUUACUGACUUCAAUAAUCAGAUUCACACUCAUGAACAUUUUUUUUUUUUUUUGAGGGGGGUUUGAGGGUUUGAGGGUGGGGAGUCUAAACUCUGAUCUGAUGUGAAUAAAUUCAUUUCUUUGGAGCGUGUACAGCCACUGCACGUCUGACUGAACGGACCGUGUCUGCAGCUUAAAACGUGGAGCUUUCUCUGCGUAACUGUGAAGCUUUGAUUUCUCCUCUCAAUAAACUCUCUUUGGAAAGCGCCGCACACAAGGCAGACAAAAGUAAAACAAAAAAAAGAAAAGAAAUUAAAAUAAAAAAAAGGGGAGGGGGGGGACACAUCUAACACACUUCAUAGACACCAAAUUGUCAGAACAUCCUCAAAAAAAAGGACGGAGACACAUCAUCAGCCAGAUGAACGGUUUUCUCUUCUACGUGUUCGGUCCUAGGUGUAGAUACGUUUUUUGUAGAUUUGAUCGUCACGGUGGUUCAUCGCUGCAUCACGUCGCCUCUUAAGAAAAAGAAAUAACAUUUUGUACAUAUGCUACAUGAGUGAACACUAUUACAGUACGCUGCUAUUAGCUUGUAACAUAUUGUCUGUAAUAUUUUGACAGUCUAUGUUAGUAUGUGGUGACCGAGGCCCCUCAGCUGUGUCCGACUUAGCCGUGAUUUAUGAAACGUGACGGGGUUCUUUACUCAUGUGCUUAAACAGCUAUGACUUCAUCGUGCGAUUAUGUUUUCGAUGGCAAAGUGCAUAAUGUUAUCUUGUUAUUUCCAUCCCGCGGACAAAAGUCAGAUCUGUAACAGCGACGCGAAGAAUACGUUUGAUCCAGAUUUUCUUUGAGGACCCGCCGCAGUUUUGUUUCAUCUUUUUUCCUCCCUCCCUCACACGAUUAUAUCUUGAGAGCAAAGAAGACGAGGGGGGAGGGAGGGUUGAUGAAUAAAGAAUGUGAACUUUACCCACCAGUAGAGCAGAUGCCAAAAGACAAAAGCCAGAAGACAUUAAUUGCCAGCAAUUACCACUGAUGCAAAUGGGAAGGAUGAAAACGGUUAUAUAGUUAUUGUGUACCUAAUGACACGGUAAUUAUCGAAGCCAUUCGAGGAGCGUACGACAUAAUGAAAAGCUUGUUUUAAAGACGUCCUCGCCGUCACUAAAAAAUGUGCAAAGUGUGUCUGUUAUAGUCACUUACGUGUGAUCCUUGUUGACGUCCGGACUCGAGCCUGUAAUGAUGCGCUUCUCUGAAAGGAGGCGUUUGGAUUUGUUUGUUUUCUAAAAAGGUUUCGGGACGUGAAAGUCUGCGCUGAAGGUGCGAGGAGGGUGAGACUUUGUGUACUUUAAGUAACCACGGGGCAAACAGUCGGUUAUCUGUUCAAUGUUUGCCAAACUGCUGAAAUAAAAAAAAUGGUGAACAGUGA